AGCGGCGAGGAGGAAGAUGAUGCAGGAGGCGUUUGAUAAGAGGACGGAUCUGAAGGCGUUGAGCGCGCGCGAGGAGACGCGGCCGUUUGCGGCGGCGUACACUGCGACCCUUGACGACGACGAUGCGAACGAUUUUGCCUACCUCGCUAAGGACAGCGCCGGCUUGCGCUUGCCUGCAGAAGACGCGGAGAUGGCCGAUGCGGACGAGGAGGGUGACGAGGACGAGGAUGAGGACGAAGAGGAAGAGCGUCGCCCAUCCAAGGUGUCCGUGCAAGCUCAACUUCGCGAGCUUGUGCAACGUAAUGCCGAGGCGGAUGAGGAGGGCGAGCCCAUCGACAUCGACGCUCUCGUCGACCAGGAGGACGAUGACGAUCACACGAUGCGCGUCCGAAUCGUCAAGGCCGUUCCCACGCGUGCACCCGUCGCGGACGACGAGGUCGACUUCCAGUCGCGCCAGGCAUCCUUCGGGCCGACCGACCCCAGGUCCGAACAGUGGGCGAUGCGGGAGAAGCGUAAGCAAGGCGGGACGGGUCGUGCUACCACCAGAGCGACAAUUGUCGGCAACAAGGUCAAGAAUGGCGGCGGCUCGCUGCGCCCUGGGCAGACCGCGACGGACGCUCGCCAGCAGGUAGAGCCGAGGAAGCGCUCACUGAAGGCGGCGCCGAGCAUCUUGCAGGGUGCAGGUUUAAGCCGGUCUUCCAGGUUCGAGUCGUAGAUGAGGGUUGCUUGGGGGUAUAAGGAGGAUUUUGAGAGUUGGGGAAGGUCUCUAUGGGCGUUCCCUCUGCACGUUGUCAUUUUCUUUUCUUUUGCACUCGCAUCGCUUUUGUACAAUCAGCAUCGUAUUUUGGAACAAGCUACUUGGUAUUC